AAGGAAUUUUUCGUAGAGCCUGGUGAGUGUUGCCAAUCGUGGAGUGUGUCCAUAUCCUGGCUCCAGCAAAUUUCAAGUGAUUAAAAACAGGCUCCUCAAAGAACUCUACUGUCUAUAGAGUUUCCCAAAAGUCUGGAAAAUAUAUCUAAAGAACACUGAAAGCCCAAAAGGAAAAUGCUUAAAAUAUGUACAUGGCCAUUGACGGAAUGAAAAGUGUGCUGGAAUCUAUAAAUACACCUGAGAGAGGUAACUAGACCAAGUCACGUUAGUUGGCUCCAAGUGCAUGUCGGGUCCUCAUUUCGCCCUGCCUUGGUCUGGUCUAGUUCUGGUAGUUUUCUCCACGGCGUAGCAGGAGGCGGUGCUCAAGGAGCUGUAGUAGGAGCACGCCCGCCACUGCGCAUGUCCCCAAGAAGCCCAGUCUCGCUCCGCCACACGCACCUCCCUCCCAAAUCGAGGUUAAGGGAGAAGUAAAAAGAAGAAAAAAAAGGAGGAGCAGCAGCAACAGCAGGUGACACCUGCAGCAGCAGCCAAGACAUCUUCCAGGAGAAGUCACAAGCAGGAGAGACCAUGGCGGCCGUGGUCCAUGGCUGCAGCAGUCCGCGACAGCGCUCCUGUAAUGGUAGCAGCUCUCCGGGUGGCCACCAUGGGUCCACGCCCUCCUCCGCCUAUCCCACGAUGCCCAAGUAUUCGCGUACCGCCAGCCAGACGCUAUAUGCCACCAGCCAGCAGAUCUUUGGAGGCGGAGCCAGUGGCCUGGCGGAUGCUGGCUAUGGUUACAUGUCCUCGACGGGUCAGAGGCCACUCUCUGCCUCUGCCUUGCCCGAGUCUGGGAGCAGGAACUAUUGGGGUCACCACAACGCCUUCUAUCACACGGGCGGACGGCAUUAUAGUAAACGCAAGUCCGCUGUGGAACUACUGGCCGAAUCCAAGCCCUUUUACAUCAAAUCCGAGGCGGUUUUUGAGCGACUGCAACAGGCGAGCUACAGGAAUGGGUCAGGCAACAAUGGAGCCACCGGCAAGAGAGGCCGGCGACCAGAGGAGCCUCAUGGCCAUCAUUAUGGCGUUCAGCCAUAUGACGAUCUAGAGGAUAGACGCUACAUGAGCCUCAAUCUCAGCCGGCAGCAGCAGCAUCAGCAUCAGCAGCAGCAAGCUGUGCAGCAGGCGCAGCAACAUCAGCAACAGCAGCAGCAGCAGCAGCAGUACCUGCAUAACCAUCAUUCCCAUCCCCAUCAGCAUCAGCAUCAUGCGCAUCGUCAUGGCCAGGGUCAGGGCCAAGGCCAGGGUCAAGGACGAACGGCGGGUGUUGCCGGAGGAGCAGCCGUUAAUAACAAUCUCCUGCAGCAUAAGCUGCGCAUGCUGCUCGGCUCGGAGGCGGGCAAAGAGCGGACACCUGGCGGCACCUUGCGACGUCACGAGAUGAGCGAUGGCAGUGCCGAGCUGCUGCCCACGGAUUACGGUGAAGAGGACUCCGGUCAGGCGGGUGCUCUAAGGAUACCACCGCCGCUGUACCUACCAGCCCAUGGAUUCGGACGGGAUGGAGAGGAGCCGCUGGUGCUCACCGAAAACUAUCGACCAAUUAGCCCGCCUGCGGAAUAUGCAGCCAAGUCGGGACAAGCGCACAACGAUCGCUAUAGGUACAACUACCAACGCUCAUAUUCGCACUCGCACGAGGUGGCCAAUUCUGGAGAGGAGCGUGCUCCCUAUCCCUCUGGUGACUUCAAUAUCAAUAGCCACAAAUCGCUGCCGGAUCUGCACACCCAGAUUAGUCGCCAUUCGCCGCACAGCGAGAUCUUGAGCUGCUGCAGCCGUGGUAAUCGAUCGAUCAAAUCCGCGGGGGAGUCCUCCAUCAACAGGGAUUCCGGUGGCAGCUCUGGACACUACACACACCGGAGUGAGCCUUGCUACAAGAGGGAGCGGCAGCGAGAUGUGCCUGGCAGCGGCGGUGCUGCAGCGAGCGGAACAAUCAAGAACUGUUGCACCCUGGUGGCGGCCACCCGAAGGGAUAGCGGCUCCUCCACGCAGCACAGCGCGAACUCUUACUGUGGUUAUGUCACACCGGCUGGUGAUUACUCUGGCCUGAGUGGACGGAACACGGAGUGCCUGGAUUGUCGCUGCAAACAGGACACGGGCGGCGGCAUGGGUUCGGAUUAUUUGCUCAACUUUACACCUACGCCGGAGGUGCCGGAAGCGUUUCAGGAUGAUUAUACACCAACGCCGCCUUCGCCGCGGCUCAAGACCCAGACGCCUCGCUACUCGAGCUCCUCCAGCCAGCAGAUGCACACCAGUUCGCAGGGUUAUACGAGCAUCAAUCACUCGCAGAGCUCGCUGGUCCAGAGUCCUGGCUCGGCGCCAUCUGUGGAUGACAUUAGUCCGCCGCCCAUACAGUUCAAGAGGCAGCGGUGCAUUCGCUUUAAGAACAGGAAUCGACUGCCAGUGCAAGGAGAGAUGGGAGUACCUCCAGUAACUGGAGUUGGAGUGGGAGCAGCCAGCGUUUUGGCUGCCUACAAACAGCAUCGAGGCAGCGUGGAUCACGAGAACGUGUUCUUCCCGAAAGGCUUCUCCGCUGAGGGUUAUCACAACAGCCUGGAUAUGGAGCGAGAGGCGCUGAAUGCCAGCAUUUCGGAGCUGGAGAAAUUCUUCGAUCGGCUGGGUCUCAAUGAUGAGGCCUUCCAUGAGAUAUACAGCCAGCCGAGACGGCAUCAUUCGGAGACGGACGAUGCCUCGGAUGACUCCAGUACCGUGUUCUUUUCGGAUGUGAGCACCGUGGACUCGAUGCGAUUGCCGGACAGCACGGAGACACAACCGCAGGCCACGCAGGCCUAUCGGCCCUCGGAGCCGCCAUCGAUAGUGGAAAGGAAUGCCAGGAUUAUCAAGUGGCUGUGCAACUGCAAGAAGAUGCAGUGCACCUGAGGAUCACCGGGACAGUGCAGCUGCGGUUUUGGGCGCUGAGCUGUCCAUCUGUCUCUCCACUGAUCAAUCUUUCAAAUCUUUGCAAAGCACCCUGCGGUUUAAAGCAUAAAUAUACCCCAAAAAGGCAGGGGCUGAAGUAUCCUCCUCAAGGACGAAAUGUAAUCUUUGGUCAAGUCUUUUUUCACAGAUCUUGACAGAUUUAAUAUCCCCAAUGAGCUUUUCUUAAUUCAUAAAACUUGAAGACAUAUUUUUUAAGGUUAAUUGGUGGUUGACAUAUCCUAAUGCAGCUACCAAGAGGAUCCUUUUAAUUAUGUAAAGUUAAAUAAUAUAAAAAGCGGACAUUUAAAAUAGGUAUAAAACCAUACAUAGAACCCAUAGUUGAUCACAUAUCUCAUUUCUAUAUCAAAUCGAGUGAAUUUAAAGCUAAAACAAGAAAGGAAACUAAGUUCGGGAAGCUGAAGUUAUACACCCUUGGAGUUUUCAAUUAAUUUAUAUUUAUUAUUAAUAUUAUUCAAGUUUUUUACAACGAUAUUUAUCGAAAUUUUUUUACUAAUCAAAUUUUAAAAAUAACAUA